AUGCUUGUCCCUUCUGUCAAAACCAUCGUCACCAUCGGUGUUGCAUUCUAUGCCACCGUCGCGCUGGCGGCUCCCAACUUCCAGGUUGGGGCUGAAGUCCAAGACUUAUCUGAGGGACUCGGCGAUACCAUUGAGGCCCGUGGCAAGCCACCUCGCCGCCCCAAUAACAACAAUAAUAAUCGGAGGCCCAACGGGAAGCCCAACGGAAAGCCCAGACGUCCCCCAAAAUAG